AUGGAGGGUAAAAAAACAAAAGGCAAGCAGAAGAGAGAUAUAAAAAAAAUUGAGAAUGGAAAAGAUCUCUUUGUUACUUUCACAAAGAGAAAAUCUGGCCUUCAGAAGAAGGCCACAGAGAUAACAACGCUUUGUGGGGCAAACGUGGAUAUACUCAUGUUUUCUCCGACGGGGAAAUCCUUUUGUUAUGGGGAUCCUUCUUUUGAGUCAAUGACAAGGUCUCGUUCAAAUGAAGAACUCUCUUCUGAACGUGGCAUCUAUCAUAAUCUUGUGGAGGAUCACCAAAAUGUGGACAUAGGUCAACUCAAUCUUAAAAGUGAUGCACUUCAGGACCAAACUUACGUUGCAAAAGCACGGGAGAAAGAACUGAAAGGCAUUUUGAGGUCAAAAAACAUUCGAGACCUUAGUACCGAACAAAACAAUGAAAUGGAGCCAACUUUCGGGGAACUCCAAGAUAAAUUAGAAAAUGAAAUUUCAAUCAUGUAUGGAAGGGAUACUUCUCAUGACCAAAUGAAUGGAGCCAAUCCAUAUCCUACUUAUGCAAGUGGGAGUAACGUAUCUGAAGUUCCCUUCGGUGCCAACUACGAAGCCUAUGGAACAAACCCCUUUCUUAGUGAUCCAAAUGGUGCAAGUGGUUAUGAGAAUGUUGGUGGAAGUGAUCCAUAUUUAUACAAUCCAAGUGAUGAGAAUGGUGGCUUUCCUUUCCCUCCAUUCAAUGGUUCUGGCCACAGUCACUUCUAA